UUUUCUGUUUCAAGAAUUUGUAUUGCAUGAAAAGUGUGGUUAAGAUUUGUCCUUUUCACUACGUAUGUUCGUCUUGCAACUCGUCUCAUUUUGAAUGUCUUGGUUUAAAAAUUAAGCUACGUGGUGUAUAACAUUUACCGAACAGCUCACUCAUUACUGUGAACCGGUUGCUCGAUUCAACUUUAAACUGAUCGCCUAUGGCUGCCUUUGACUCACUUGACAAGGCUUCUGGCGCUUCAAACACAGGCCACUCAAGAAAGAGGAAGAAUGAGAAAUCGGACGAGGACAAGUAUGUUGCUCUGGAUUGCGAAAUGGUUCAGACAAUUGCAAGCCACAGCGCCUUAGCCAGGUGUACAAUUGUUGACAGAGUUGGAGACGUGGUUUAUGACAGUUACGUUCGGCCGAAUGAAAGCAUCGUUGACUUCCGAACUCAGUACAGUGGUGUACACCCUCACCACAUGAAAACGGCAAAAGCCUUCUUUGUGGCUCAAAACGAGAUCAAAGAAGUGAUUCGUGGUAAGUAUGUAGUUGGUCACACUGUGCACACAGACUUCGAGUCCAUUGGCAUCGAGCACCCUGAAGACAAGAUCAUAGAUGUCACCCAACUGCCUGUUCUGAGAAAAGCACUGGGUUUGGGAGCGGGAAGCAAACCUACUGUGAGUCUUCAAAGAAUGACGAAGGCCCUGCUCUGUGAAGAUAUUCAAACAGGUGCACAUAGCUCUCUUGAAGAUGCCUGGGCCACGAUGCGGUUAUUUUUACUAUCACUGGACCCCUCAAAAAUACCAGCCAACGUCGUACUUCCACCGGGCAGACGCAGGAAUCGACCCUUUAAAUGGGUGGCGAAAACAAGCAAUGACCGGAGAACGACAACAAGCAACAACGGCUAAACGACAACAAGCAACGACUAGAGGGCGACAGCUAGAAACGACAAAUAAAAAAAUGAAGCAAAUACUACCUUUGCAAAAAGUGAGGUAGAAUAAUUGAAGAACCGAAAGUUGCCAAGCGUACACGAACAUGACACGCGUUUUAACCGACUCUGCAAGUACAAUGAACAGAAUUAAGGCAAGACUUGAUAACUUCUGCGUUAAAAUUAACAUAAUCAUUGUGACGCCAUCCAUUACAUAAUAUGCAUUUCUUUUCAUGUAUUUCUCCGAUAAAUUUUAUACUACUCUUUCUUGAUGAAAUCUGAAGCUCUGUCUUCUAGCUGUAAAUUUAUCAGCUUUUAUUGGACCCUUGAGUUAUGUAGAUAUUAAGCAUAAAAAAGCAGUGUUUAUAUUGUCAAAAUUAAGUGUAUUUAGUGUUUUUACCUGAAUUGUUGUAAAUGUACCCUAUUUUUUAUCCAACCCUGGAAGGUUUCUUGGUGAGAGUUUGUGAGAGUUUGUAUAUAAUA